GGUCGGCAACCGCUUACAUGUGGCGUAUGAGCGCCGCUGCUCCCUGUGCCGAACUAGCAUCAAGUUGUUCCAGCUGAAACAGUACAUAUAAUUUAAUAUAUCAGAGAAAACUAUUCGCGUCCUAUACAGCAGCUAACACCUGAGCCAGCAUGCCACCAAAAAAACCCGCCGCGCCCGCGGGAAAUAAAAAAACUCAAGAAAAGAAAAAGGAAAAGAUAAUUGAGGACAAGACCUUUGGAUUGAAAAACAAGAAAGGGGCCAAACAACAGAAGUUUAUCAAGAACGUCACCCAGCAAGUUAAAUAUGGACAACAAAGUGCAAGAACGCUUGCCCAGCAAGAAGCAGAUAAGACGGGUAAAAAAACGGAUAAGAAGAAAGAGUUGGACGAACUUAACGAGCUGUUUAAACCUGUAGUGGCUGCCCAGAAAGUCAGCAAAGGUGUUGAUCCAAAAUCGGUGCUGUGCGCAUUCUUUAAGCAGGGUCAGUGCACUAAGGGUGACAAGUGCAAGUUCAGCCAUGACUUGUCGAUGGAGAGGAAAUGUGAGAAGAGAAGUGUCUAUGUUGAUGAAAGAGAUGAGGACCUGGAGAAAGACACUAUGGAGAACUGGGAUGAGAAGAAGUUGGAAGAGGUGGUGAACAAAAAGCACGGCGAGGCAGAGAAGAAAAAGGCUAAAACCCAAAUUGUGUGUAAGUACUUCCUGGAGGCUAUAGAAAAUAACAAGUAUGGCUGGUUCUGGGUAUGUCCAUCUGGGGGCGAUACCUGUAUGUACAGGCACGCUUUGCCGCCAGGGUUUGUUCUAAAGAAGGACAAGAAGAAGGAGGAAAAGGAGGAGGAAAUUUCUUUGGAAGAGCUGAUAGAAAAAGAGCGUUCGGCUCUGGGGGUUAACGUGACCCGGAUCACCCUGGAGACUUUCCUUGCUUGGAAGAAGAGGAAAAGGCAGGAGAAGAUAGACAAAGCCAGGGAGGAGCUGGAGAAGAAGAAGGCGGACUUUAAGGCCGGGAAAUCGCUUACAGUUAGCGGCCGUGAAGUGUUCGAGUUCCGUCCAGAGCUGGUCGACGACGAUGAUGCUGAAGCUGAUGACACUAAAUACGAAGAUGAAAGUGAUGAAGAUGGUGCAGAAGAGGUUGAUACCACAGAGAUCCAGGACAUCGACUUAUCUCGUUUUGUUCCACAAGAAGUUGACAACACAGGAAUUACCGUUGCAGCUACGGACCGUUUCGCCUCUCAGAACAAGACCGAGCCAUCAGAGGAGAGCAAAGAAAACCAGCUCAACGGAGCAUGGGGCGGCACUGAGAUCAACGGUCUCCCAGGAGCAGAGGGAGGAGGGAAGGACGGAGGAGGCGAAGACGAAGAAGAGGUCCCCGUGGAUGAGAACCUGUUCACAGGUGAAGAUCUGGAAGAUCUGGAGGAGCUGGACGAGGAGCUGGACACACUGGCACUGGAAGAUUGAGGGAAGGGGUGAAGCGGCAGUUAGGCCAAACGAUGUAUUCAGAGGGACGGUACGGUGGAUGAGUUGAGCUCAACAAACGAAGCGACCAGAUGUCUGAAUGGUUUUCAUUUUCAGAGACUCCAGUAAUAAAGCCUGAUUAUCUCAUGGCAUCACUGACCGUUUCCCCCCUGACCCCACGUUCUCUGAGCACACCUAUCAGAUCUACUACAUCCAUCUCACUGUUGCUCCUUAAUUUCCUGCAAAAGACAGUUUGGCUGCUGCUGCUGCUACGUCGUGUACUUUUGUUGCACCACUCUGAUCAAAAGGUUAAAAUUACUUUUUAAGUUUUAACUGCUUCUCAUCGAUUUCAUAAUAAACACCAGUUUGAGACACAGAGGGGGCCUUGAAUGUGAACAGGUUCGGUAAAUUUAACAACAUUGUUCAUGGAUCUUUUAAAAAAAGUGAAGGUUUAUAAUGUGGCGAUGAUGGACGGUAGCACCUUCAUAUACCAAAAUAAAAUUUACUUUGAGGAUGUCGGCACUUUUUUGUCUUUUUCUACCUAACAUCCGUUGAUCAUCCAAAAACAGUAAACAUUAAAUCAAGAAAGAGAAAAAUGACACAACUCCAAGGGUUAACCUAACAGCUCUUAUAUGAAGACCGGAGACCAGAUAAAGUGCUAAAAUUUAGCCCCACGAGAGAAAAUAUCCUGCGACCUCAGUAUUGUAAAUAAUGUCCUCAUGGAAUGCUUCCAAAAGGAAUAAAUAAUUAAUGUUCAUCAAA